GACGAGCGAUCGGCCACUUCCUGGCGUUUGGGGUGCGCCAGAUUAUGUGAGUAGAUACAUGUCUUGCGGCUAGGGACGGAGGAGGAGGAGGCAGCGGCGGCGGAGGUGCUAAGCGGAUCGCAGAACAGCCGAAGUAGUACCUACCGUGGCCCCAGUGCUGCAAAGGAAGUACUACGGAGUCGUAUGGAACGCCAACAACAGAUUCAAAAUUCUCGACAUGAUGAACGCCUACUUGAGGAACGCCUACUUGAGGAACGCCAGGCUCGUCUUGAUCAACGAGCACGUGCAGAGGCAGCACGUGUAGAGGCAGCACGUGUAGAAACAGAACAGAUAGAGGCAGCAUUUGCAGAAUCUGCACGUGAACAGCGGGAGCUAGAAGAGCGGGAGCGGGCCCUUCAGAGAUCGAGCAUCAUAUCGCACAACGAACCACCUCCAGACCUCGUGCAAUUAUCGUCCGACGCCAUUAAGAUGGACACUACGCCAGACCCCGGUUUUGGGGCCAUCGGUAUGCAUCCAGUCGACAAGAAAUUCGACGAGACGCGGUCCGAUAAGCUGCAGCCAGAGGAUGGCAUCCGAAGUCAGUCCGUUCACGACAAGAGAGCCGAGGGUGUGCCGGUCCACAACGAGUUCCACGACCCUGGCGAGUACGCCCCGCGGCAAGAUAGGGACGAUGACAGAGAGUGGCAAGUUGCAAAGGGUUAUAGGGAUAGGAAGAGAACGUCACAAUCGAAAUCCAGGGAGAAGUCCGGAGGGGGGGCGCAUCCGGGCAAAUCGCUCGAGAGGCCUAUUGAAAGACCAUCCGGGGGAAUCAUAAAUACUGCACUUGCCAAAAUACAUAGAAUGACUAUGAGCCCCGAGCAAGAGCGCGACGAUUGGAGGAGGAAAUAUGAGGAACUGGACCGAAAUUACGGCCAGAUGGAAGAUUAUUACAACCAACAGAAGGAUAAAGCCGACGACCUUAAAGCGAAACUCAGGUCAGAGAAAGAUCAUUCGCACCUGUUGCGGGAAGAGUGCGAUGUCAUCAGCGGUGUUAGAGACGAGUUCAAAAACAGGUGUCACCAUAACCAGCGAGCCUACGAAGACGCAGAAAGACGCGCACACAAUCUCCAGAAAGAUCUUUUCACGAAGACUGAUGAAUUCCUCAAAGAAAGGGAUCACUUGAAGACCCAGAUCGACGAGUUGUACACAUCUCACAUCAGAUCAGUAAACACCGUUGGCACGGGCCUGGAUCCCAUCUCGGAUGAUGCAAUUGGCAAGAGGUUCACAGAUCUGUCCGACGAGAUCUAUUUAUGGUGUCGACAAACUUUCAGGGGAAAGCCAGAUAUUAUGAAACUGGCUGAACUCGAUCCUUUCGUGCGUGAAAAGAUGUAUAGACUACUAGGAUCCAGGCUCCUCGACACAGACACAAUAAGCUACUCCCGCCUUAUUGAGACGAUUACUUGGGGAUAUAUCGAAUCGGCGAUUUUCUCCGUAUGGUUUCCUAGGAUGGUUCCUGAUUAUCUCGAGACUAUAGGCACCCUUCAGGAGUGGAUUACAGCCGGUGACAAAUCGCUCCACAAAGAGCGAAAGGAAUUUUGGCGGGCCUACACAUGUUCAUUGCUCUUCCAAAACAACACCGUUGCGGCGAGUCUCCAAGAUGUCGAUCACUUCAUGGAAGCUUUGUCGAGUCUCUACGGAUCCGUCCAGCGGGACAAGAUAGGCCUGUCCGAAUCAAAGGCCGGCGCGCUCCAGCAGCGUCUGCGGAAGGCAAUGGUGUUGGCCGCAGAGCUGAAGUGCCAGCGCGGUGCCUACGAGCUCGACGACAACAUCAUGAUUGGCGAUCCGUACGACGAGACUCGUAUGGACGAUGUCGGAUUCACCGAGGACACGUGUGAGACUCCCGUCGUCUCCUGUAUCUUGUCGAAGGGCUGGGUGCGCAGGCCGUUCGCUGGGGCGGAGAGAGUCGACUCGCGGGUUUACAAGGCGAGGGUUUUGGUCGAGGAGGCAAGGAAGUGAUGUGUGUGUGUGCGAGUGUGCAGUGGGAAGAGUGCUGGAUGAUGGUGGUUUUUUUUCUUCAUGAUUUGUUGGUUCUUGAUCACGCUGGAGGGUCUUUUGGUCUGCGGUAUCUAUAGUGGAUACAUGGUACUUAGUUGUCGGUGAGAUCAAGUCCUGUUGCAACUUACAACCUGUGUGCGUUCACUCCAGUACAUUAGGUACCUACAUUUGAGGCAGAGUAUAAUUGCAACCAGUCACACAAAUCAGACCAACCCCACCCUACCUGCUUCCAUACCUACCCCACACUUGGAUCAUUCGGCAUAGCCCACUCGCCAGCCUCGGCAUUUAGUGCAUGCAU